AUGUCUAAACCACGCACAAUCUACCUAGUCGAUUACGCGUGCUUCAAACCCCCAAUUACUUGUCGCGUUCCUUUCGCUACUUUCAUGGAACAUUCGAGACUAAUCCUCAAAGACAAUCCGAAAAGUGUUGAGUUUCAAAUGAGGAUUCUCGAACGAUCGGGUCUUGGAGAAGACACAUGUUUGCCACCUGCAAUCCAUUAUAUCCCGCCUAAUCCAACAAUGGAAGAAGCGAGACGCGAAGCCGAGCUUGUUAUCUUCACGUCAAUGGAUUCGUUGUUCGAGAAAACAGGACUCAAACCUAAUAACAUAGACAUUCUUAUAGUCAAUUGCAGCCUCUUUUCUCCAACUCCUUCUCUGUCUGCUAUGGUGAUCAACAAAUAUAAACUUAGAAGUAACAUUAAAAGCUUCAACCUCUCCGGAAUGGGGUGCAGUGCGGGUUUAAUCUCCAUCGAUUUAGCGCGCGAUCUUCUCCAAGUUUAUCCGAAUUCCAACGCUCUUGUCAUGAGCACAGAAAUCAUUACACCAAACUAUUACCAAGGAAAAGAAAGAGCAAUGCUUUUACCGAAUUGUUUAUUCCGAAUGGGUGGUGCUGCAAUUCUUUUAUCAAACAAAAAAUCAGAACACAAAAGAGCAAAAUAUAGAUUACUCCAAGUUGUUAGAACACACAAAGGCCGAGACGAUAAAGCUUACCGUUGCGUUUUCGAAGAAGAAGACCGAGAAGGCAAUGUAGGAAUUUCACUUUCAAAAGAUCUUAUGGCUAUAGCAGGAGAAGCAUUGAAAUCAAAUAUAACAACUAUUGGUCCUCUUGUUCUACCAGCUUCGGAACAAUUACUCUUUCUUUUAACACUCAUUGGAAAGAAAUUUUUCAAUCCUAAAUGGAAGCCUUACAUUCCUGAUUUCAAACAAGCCUUUGAGCAUUUCUGUAUUCAUGCUGGUGGCCGCGCCGUGAUCGAUGAGUUACAGAAGAAUCUUCAGCUAUCUUCCGAACACGUGGAGGCUUCGAGGAUGACGCUGCAUCGAUUCGGGAACACGUCUUCUUCGUCUUUAUGGUAUGAAUUAAACUAUAUUGAAUCAAAAGGAAGGAUGAAGAAAGGAGAUAGAGUAUGGCAAAUUGCUUUUGGAAGUGGAUUCAAAUGCAAUAGUGCUGUGUGGAAAUGUAUUAGAAGCAUUAAGACACCAAUUGAUGGACCUUGGGAAGAUUGCAUUGAUCGCUAUCCUGUUCAUAUUCCUGAGAUUGUUAAGCUUUAA